UAACCAUAAAUAAAGAAACCCCAUUUGAUCAUGAACCCGCAAACAAAAUGGCUGAGCACAACGUCGUUGUCUGGUGCUACAUUGUAAGAUAUACAUUAUUACAAAUACCAAUUUUUCCAUAUAUAUAUAUAUAUAUAUAUAUGGAUAAACCUUGCACGACACCAUCCGUUGCAUAGGCCGUCGUUGACUUCUACGCUUAGAUUGCGUUGCCUCCGUCAAGAAACACAGAAUAUGCUCUCUUCAACUAUCCCCUUAGCGUCCCCGCAUCGGUUCCGUCCUCAACGAGUUCAAGUAAAAUAAGUCUCAUUUUGUGUUUAUAUAAUAGACGACGAUCUCCUCUCUCUCUCUCUCUCUCUCUCUCUCGAUCUCUCUCUCCCUCUCUUCCGAGUUCUGAUCAUCUUCAAGGAUGGGGAAUUGCCUUACACUUCCUCCUGUGAAUGUAUCGGAAAGGGCCUCCAAGGCUUUACCUGUCGACGCCGCCUUCAAGUUUCCCUCUCCUUUGCCUUCUUGGCCUCAAGGUGGAGGGUUUGCAAAAGGAAUCAUAGAUUUGGGAGGGCUCCAGAUUUGUCAAGUCUCGACCUUUAACAAAGUCUGGACUACGAACGAGGGAGGACCAGACAACCUCGGCGCUACAUUCUUCGAACCCGCUUCUGUCCCUCCAGGGUUCUCAAUCCUUGGCUUCUAUGCUCAACCCAACAACCGUCCCCUUUUUGGUUGGGUACUCGCGGCCAAAGAUGCGUCUGGCAAUACAUUGGAAACUCCCGUUGACUAUAGUCUUGUAGGUAGCACUGAAUCACUCAAGAUCAAACAAGAUGGUGCCGGAUAUGUCUGGCAGCCGGUUCCGCCUGAUGGGUAUACGGCGGUUGGCCUUGUGGUCACUAACUCGCCUCAGAAACCACCUUUGGACAAUAUCCGUUGUGUUCGAUCCGAUCUGACAGAACAAUGUGAGGCUGACAAGUGGAUAUGGGGAACUAAUGGAGUCAGCAUUUCAAGCUUGAGGCCGAGAAACAGGGGAACACAAGCUACUGGUGUAUCUGUAGGGUCAUUUUCAUGGCAAACGCAAAAUGCCACUCCUCCGUCAUUAUCUUGCUUGAAGAACAUGAAAUUCGACUUUUCUUGCAUGCCAAACGAGUCUCAGGUCGUAGCGUUGUUUCAGACAUACUCUCCAUGGAUAUAUUUCCACCCAGACGAAGAAUAUCUUCCUUCUUCGGUUAAUUGGUACUUCAGCAACGGUGCCUUGCUAUACAAGCAAGGGGAAGAAUCAAGACCAAACCCAAUCCAACCAAACGGAUCAAACCUCCCACAAGGCGGAUCUAACGACGGAUUAUACUGGUUAGAUCUCCCUGUUGACAAAAAGGAAAAGGAAAGGGUAAAGAAAGGAGAUUUACAGAACACGAAGGUGUACUUACAUGUGAAACCAAUGUUUGGAGCCACAUUCACCGACAUUGCCAUCUGGGUUUUCUACCCUUUCAACGGACCUGCCCGAGCCAAAGUCAAAAUCAUAAACAUCUCAUUGGGGAAAAUCGGCGAACACAUUGGAGACUGGGAACACCUCACGCUACGCAUAAGCAACUUCGACGGCGCGUUACGGCGCGUGUACUUCUCGCAACACAGUGGCGGCACUUGGGUUGAAGCCUGCGACUUGGAAUUCCAAGGAGGAAACAAACCCGUGACGUACUCGUCCCUGCACGGCCACGCGAUGUACCCGAAACCAGGGCUCGUGUUGCAAGGAGACAACGAUGUCGGGAUAAGGAACGACACCGCGAAAGGCAAACAGGUAAUUGACACUGGAACGGCGUACGAGGUUGUCGCGGAGGAGGAGCCGCCGUGGGUGAAUUACAUGAGGAAAUGGGGAGCGAAGAUCGAUUACGACAUCAAUGGCGAGGCUAAGGACAUCGAGAAGAUAUUGCCGGGGUUUCUGAAAAAGGCCUUUGCUAACUUUGUGAGGAAGAUUCCUAAUGAAGUGUUUGGUGAAGAUGGGCCCACUGGGCCCAAGGUUAAAGGAAGUUGGGCCGGUGAUGAAUAAAGUUUGAAUAAUUAAAUUGUAGCUUGUGUCCAAUCGUGCAAAUAAAAUAAAAUAUGUUUAGUUUUAUUUUUA